AUCAGCAUUGAUGAUCUUCUCCCAGCUCGCAAAUUCUUGAAAGUACUGGGUUUUUUUCUCUAAUUACAUGGAACAAAUGCCUUCUUAAACAAUCCUGAAAGAAAUAGCUAAAAAGGCAAAGAGAACGCUAAAGUUGGCUCCUUUUUUCUCCUUUCCCUGUUCUCUUUUAUUUUAUUCCCUCCUUCCUUCCCUCCUUCACUCUUCUCUUUGAUUCUGUUUAGCUUCUUCAUUCCAUUUCAGUAGUGCUUCUCGAUCUGGGUUUCAUCACCACCCAUUUGAUUCGCUUCCUUCCUUACUGUUACUUUUCUUCCAAGCUUGUUGCUUUCUUCUGUUUCUUAUGUUUUGUUCGCUCAAAAAAAGUUUUUAGAGUUGAUUUUCAAAUUUUUACCUUCUCUCGCCUGUCCUGGAUUCUGCUCAUCCUCUGCUUUUAUGUGUAUUGCUUUCUCACUGCUUGGGCUUAAGUUUUCAUUCUAUUUUUGGUCAUGAAACCUUGAAUUCUGUGAUUUCUCCUAAUUCCGAUCUGUAAACCCUAGCUUAACUCCAGUUUCUAUGGGUCUCUGCCUCUGUAAACCAAGCAAAAAAGAAGAAAUCCAAGCAGAAAACCCUUCAGCUCCUAAAUUGCUCCCAUCUUCCACUCAUGAACCAGCUCCACUAAAUCCUUCCACUCCAAAAACCUCAAAGUUCCCUUUCUACAGUCCUAGUCCCUUAUGGGGUUCUUACAAAGGUUCGCCGGGGAAUUCAAGUGUGAGCUCGACGCCUCUUCGGUUCUUCAAGCGCCCCUUUCCUCCGCCGUCGCCGGCUAAACACAUUAAGGCUUUGCUGGUUCGCCGGCAUGGAUCGGUGAAACCUAACGAGGCCUCGAUUCCUGAAGGAAGCGAAGUGGAAUUAGGGCUUGAUAAGAACUUUGGAUUCUCGAAGCAGUUUUUGUCUAAGUUUGAACUUGGAGAAGAGGUUGGAAGAGGCCAUUUUGGUUUCACUUGUUUGGCUAAUGCUAAGAAAGGGGAGAUGAAGGGGGAGGAGGUAGCCGUUAAGGUCAUCCCAAAGGCAAAGAUGACAACAGCUAUUGCUAUUGAAGAUGUGAGAAGAGAAGUUAGAAUCUUGAGUUCUCUCACAGGCCAUAAAAAUUUAGUGCAAUUCUAUGAUGCUUAUGAGGAUGAGGAGAAUGUUUAUGUAGCAAUGGAGUUGUGCAAAGGUGGUGAAUUGUUAGAUAGGAUUCUUUCAAGGGGCGGUAAAUACUCAGAAGAAGAUGCUAAGGUUGUUCUGAUCCAGAUUUUAAGUGUUGUUGCCUUCUGUCAUCUCCAAGGUGUCGUCCAUCGAGAUCUCAAGCCAGAGAAUUUUUUGUUUACUUCAAAAGAUGAGAAUGCAACCUUAAAAGCUAUAGAUUUUGGUUUGUCAGACUUUGUUAAACCAGAUGAAAGGUUGAAUGAUAUUGUCGGAAGUGCAUAUUAUGUUGCUCCUGAAGUCCUUCAUAGAUCCUAUGGUACAGAAGCAGAUAUGUGGAGUAUAGGUGUGAUUUCAUAUAUUCUUCUGUGUGGAAGCCGGCCGUUCUGGGCUCGUACCGAAUCUGGUAUAUUUCGAGCUGUUUUGAAGGCUGAACCAAGCUUCGAUGAAGUUCCAUGGCCAUCAUUGUCUUCUGAAGCCAAGGAUUUUGUCAAAAGGUUAUUGAAUAAGGAUUAUCGUAAAAGAAUGACUGCUGUUCAGGCAUUGAGUCACCCUUGGAUUCAACAAUUUGAAGUGGUUAAGUGCCCCUUGGAUAUGAUGGUUUAUAAGCUUGCAAAAGCUUAUGUUUAUUCAUCUCCAUUGAGAAAAUCAGCACUAAGGGCUCUGGCCAAGACUCUAACUGUAUCUCAGCUUUCCUAUCUAAGAGGACAAUUUUCUUUGCUGGAGCCUAACAAGAGUGGUUACAUCUCCUUCCAAAACUUUAAGAUGGCCUUGCUGAAGAGCUCGACUGAAGCUAUGAAAGAUUCAAAAGUUCUUGAUUUUGUCAAUGUGGUAAGUUCACUUCAAUAUAGGAAAUUAGACUUUGAGGAGUUUGUUGCUGCUGCAACAAGUGUGCAUCAGCUGGAAGCUUUAGACACUUGGGAGCAGCAUGCUCGCCGCGGAUAUGAACUUUUUGAGAAGGAUGGAAACAGGCUUAUAAUGAUUGAGGAACUCGCUUCGGAACUUGGCCUUGGUCCAUCAGUACCAGUUCAUGUUGUUCUUCAAGACUGGAUAAGGCAUUCUGAUGGGAAGCUGAGCUUUCUAGGCUUUGUUAAGCUUCUUCAUGGCGUUUCUACUCGAUCUAUUCCGAAGGUUACCAACUGAAUAGGAAAUAAAAUACCAGAUUCUAAAACUUUGGCAAAUAAGCUGAGCUGAAUGAUCAUUGAAGAUUAAGAGCCAGAAUUAGCUGAAGAUAAGCAAACAAUCAUGUCCUGCCAUUUUGUUUCAGAGCAAUUGACAAAAGGAAUGUACAGAUGAGGAGUAGAGUUACAGAGAACAGAAGAAAUUGAUCAAGUCAGUUUAAUCAUUUAUAUGAGAAUUUAGAGCAAUAUUGCCAUUAGGACUCAUUAAAAAAAGGAAAAAAAAAAGAAAGAUUGAAAGCCUGUCAAGUAAUCAAGAUCCAAGAGUUGUUGAUAACUUGGUUUCCUUUACUUUCAGUUUUCUUUAGUUUGAAGUCAGCCAACUCUCUUCUUUAUUUUAUGUAGUUUUCAAUUUCAGUGUUACCAUCAAUCAAAAUAUUGUGGAAGAGAAAAAAUAUCUCUUAACUUUUGAUGAUGUUGACUUCAAAUAGAAGGAAGGUGAAGUAUUUCUUUGAUUAAA